AUGCUAUCUUCCAAUUCAGUACUCACCUCCAUCCUCAUCCCGAUCAGCUUGGCCGUUGCAAUCCGGCGUCCUGCAACACCAUUCUUAUGGGACGUCUUUCACGCUCCCGAGCUUCCUGUUUCGACUGCCGUCCUCGUUGAUGCUCCAGUCAACAUUGGAACGUCUCAUGCACUAGCAGACUGGGUUUCCGCAAUUAUCGGCAACAAAGCCCUAACCCACAUUUACAUCACUCACGGACAAGACAACCAUUUCCUUGGGAUCCCAGUUCUCCAGCAACAUUUUCCUGAUAUGAUUGCUGAAGCCACUGAACGAAAUAUAGCACAUGUAGCCGAACAAUUGAAUUUUGCAGAAUUUGUCGAGUCCUGGUCUGCUACAUUUCCAGAUCAGAUACCCACCCAGGAUGAAACAAUCCAGCCGUUACCUCUCGAGGGAAAAUUUUAUCUUGAGGAUCACUUGCUUCAAGCUGUCGGAUUCGGACAGUCGGACACAUAUAACACGACAGUGUUACACAUUCCUUGUCUAGAGCUCGUGAUAACUGGCGAUGCCGUGUAUGGAGAAUGUUUUCAAUAUCUUGUUGAGACCAAUACCGCGGAAUUAAGGGCAGAGUGGAUAAGAGCUGUUGCUAAGAUCGAGACUUUGCGACCAAAGAUCGUAGUGCCGAGCCACAAGCAGAUUUGGGAUGGAUAUGGGAGAGAUCAUCUUGAGAACACUGGACAGUAUAUCAAAAAUUGUGAGAUCUUGCUAGAAGUGACAACGAGCGCCGAGGAUUUGAAGAAAAAGAUAACGGCUUUAUAUGUACAGAGAGUUGGGGUCUGGAUCUUGGGUACUAGUUUCCUAACCAGAAUAGUAUGA